UAUGUGUUGAUUCAAGAAUUUUUCUUUUUUUCUUUUUUGAAAGACUGACAUAUAAGACAUCACAAUGGAGCAAUGACAUCCCAACUAAGUUGUUCCCUUUUCUGGUCUUUCCUUUUCUUUCUUUGCUGUAGUUAGAGAUUAAAGAUCCGAGAUUCAAACACAAUAAUUACCUUCGUCUCUGGAACUGUUUUUCCAUAUCUAAUCUGACAGGAGUGAAAGUCCUUAAUCUGCAUCUAAUUUCUCAGGACACAAAUUGCGGUUCAUACUUUAGGUGAAAAGAUCGCAUGUAGCAAAUAUUGUAGCAUAGUUUAUUAGAAUGGAAGAGUUCUUCUACAUAAACUAAUAGACAUGAAAGACACAUACAUACUGGCUAUUAUGCCUGUGUGCAAUUGUCUAGAUCUUUCAUGCUUACAAAGAUGCGUGCCUAGAUCUUGUCUCGUGUUUUCCACCGAUUAUAUUAAUCUGUUGGUUUGGCGUCAUCCAUUUUCUCAUCCUCAUCCUUUGUAGGAAUGUAUUUUCCUUGUCAAAAGUCAAAAGCGGAUCCAUCUCUUUGGUUCUCUCAAUGCAAUCUGAUGCACCGGCAGUUAUUGAUGCUGAAACCUUGUCAUCAACUGGUUUGCUGGCAUUAACGGAAGCAGGAAAGCCAAACUUGAACAAUUCAAAAGCUGCACCUGAGAGACAGCAGUCUGAUCAAUCGGAAAUGUUUGAGCCACCAUCUUUCAUGACGUUGGUUGAACCUAUGCAGGUUAGCCCAAAAGCCACUGCUUCUGAAGUCCAGAGGGGACAGAAUCCACAGCAAUCAGAUUCCACUUCACAGGCUGGUUGGUUUCCCACUAUAAAUCAGGUUGUUGGUGAGUCUCAAGAGAGGAAGAGGAAUGAAGAAAUAAUAGCCAAGGUGACAAACUGGAGCACCAGUAAGGAGCACACACCUCUGAAGAGCCUCUUGGGUGAGGCUGCCCAUAGCAACAAGCCAAAAUCUCCAAAAUCAGUUGAAAACUCAGGGGCUGAGAAGACUAGUAAAGUUUCGGAAAAGAAUGGUUCUGGAUUGACCACUGUUAACUCCAUUCUGGGUCCUGAAUCCCCUGCAGCCCAAGUGGUAAAAGGAGAGGUUGCAAAAGAAUGGAACUCUCCAGCAAGAUAUCCUGCAGACAUCAAGAGAGAAAAAAGGAAGGUCAAGAGCAGACCAUACUGGAUACAACUAGUAUGCUGUACAUCAGUGGGUCCUCAGAGAAGGUAGAAAAUAACCAGGUGCUGAUAAUGCUCCCACACAGUUCUCCACUCUGAUGUUCUGAUGCAUUCUGGGCACUGACAUGCUAUUUGCCGUAUUUUUCUGUUUUUAGUUUGUCUUUAGGUGCAUGUCUUGAUCAUGUGUCUUUUGUAUAUGUUGACCUUCAGUUAUUAUUUUUAGCCCUGCAAUAUUUUCGUUGUAACUGUACUCUUAUUAUGAGGCGAAUCAUUAUUUUGGCCUUUGUCCGGAGACAUGUAUUCAGAUCAGAAAAUGUUGUCACUGUCUGAUAUCAUGGUUGAGAAUAACUUACAGUUGCUGCCUGUUCAUUGGAUUCUGGUUAAA